UGGGCUGCGGCUGCGGCUGCUGCACUUCCAGCUUUUGAGGCCAGGAGGCCGAGGCCUGGGCCAAGCCCGGAGCCGCCGCUCGUCGGAGCCUCCUGGAGCCCCCGCGCAGGCUCAGCCUGGGGGCGGGCUCAGGCCCGGCCCGCCGCGGAACCCAGGACAGAGGCUGCAUGCCCGAGGACCAGGCCGGCGCAGCCAUGGAGGAGGCAUCUCCUUAUUCCUUACUUGAUAUCUGCUUGAAUUUCCUGACUACUCACCUUGAGAAGUUCUGCUCAGCAAGACAAGAUGGAACAUUGUGUCUGCAGGAACCUGGCGUAUUCCCACAGGAGGUGGCUGAUCGGCUACUUCAGACCAUGGCUUUUCAUGGUCUCCUGAAUGAUGCAACUGUAGGUAUUUUUAGGGGCAACCAGAUGCGCUUAAAACGAGCUUGCAUUCGCAAAGCCAAAAUCUCUGCUGUUGCUUUCCGGAAAGCCUUCUGCCACCACAAGUUAGUGGAACUUGAUGCCACAGGUGUGAAUGCUGACAUCACGAUUACAGACAUCAUCAGUGGGCUUGGCAGUAACAAAUGGAUCCAGCAAAAUCUCCAGUGCCUCGUGCUGAACUCAUUAACUCUCUCCCUCGAAGAUCCUUAUGAGCGGUGCUUUAGCCGACUUUCUGGCCUUCGAGCAUUAAGUAUCACCAAUGUUCUCUUUUACAAUGAAGACCUGGCUGAAGUUGCCUCAUUGCCAAGAUUAGAGAGCCUGGAUAUUUCUAAUACCUCGAUCACAGACAUCACGGCUCUGCUGGCCUGCAAAGACCGACUCAAGUCUCUAACCAUGCAUCACUUGAAAUGUUUAAAAAUGACAACUACCCAGAUACUGGAUGUUGUUCGAGAACUAAGACAUCUGAAUCAUCUUGAUAUUUCAGAUGAUAAACAAUUUACAUCAGACAUAGCUCUUCGGUUACUAGAACAAAAGGACAUCCUGCCCAACCUCGUCUCCUUGGAUGUUUCUGGGAGGAAGCAUGUGACAGACAAGGCUGUUGAAGCUUUUAUUCAGCAACGGCCCAGCAUGCAGUUUGUAGGUUUGCUGGCCACUGAUGCUGGCUACUCUGAAUUCCUCACAGGCGAAGGACAUUUGAAGGUGUCUGGAGAAGCCAAUGAAACUCAGAUUGCAGAGGCAUUGAAGAGGUACAGUGAACGGGCCUUCUUUGUCCGGGAAGCUCUAUUUCACCUUUUUAGCUUGACUCAUGUGAUGGAAAAAACAAAGCCAGAAAUUUUAAAGCUUGUGGUUACUGGGAUGAGAAACCACCCUAUGAAUUUGCCAGUGCAGCUUGCUGCAAGCGCCUGUGUGUUUAAUUUAACCAAGCAGGAUCUUGCUGCAGGAAUGCCUGUCCGACUCCUGGCUGAUGUGACCCAUUUGCUGCUCAAAGCCAUGGAACAUUUUCCCAACCACCAGCAGUUACAGAAGAAUUGCCUCCUUUCACUUUGCAGUGACCGAAUUCUUCAAGAUGUUCCAUUCAACAGGUUUGAAGCAGCCAAGCUUGUCAUGCAGUGGCUCUGCAACCAUGAGGAUCAAAACAUGCAGAGGAUGGCAGUUGCUAUCAUUUCCAUUCUGGCUGCCAAGCUUUCUACGGAACAGACAGCCCAGCUUGGUGCUGAACUCUUCAUCGUCCGGCAACUUCUUCAAAUAGUGAAGCAGAAAACCAAUCAAAAUUCAGUGGACACUACUUUGAAGUUUACUUUGAGUGCACUUUGGAACCUCACAGAUGAAUCUCCAACCACUUGCAGACACUUUAUUGAAAAUCAAGGGUUAGAACUCUUCAUGAGGGUUCUAGAGUCAUUCCCAACCGAGUCAUCCAUUCAACAGAAAGUCCUAGGACUUUUGAACAAUAUAGCUGAAGUACAAGAAUUGCAUUCUGAAUUAAUGUGGAAGGAUUUUAUAGACCACAUCAGUAGUCUUCUACAUAGUGUUGAAGUGGAAGUCAGUUACUUUGCAGCUGGAAUUAUUGCCCACUUAAUAUCUAGAGGUGAACAAGCUUGGACAUUGAGUCGCAGCCAGAGGAAUUCUCUUCUGGAUGAUCUGCAUUCAGCUAUUUUGAAAUGGCCAACUCCAGAGUGUGAGAUGGUAGCAUACAGGUCCUUUAAUCCAUUUUUCCCGUUACUGGGCUGUUUCACAACACCUGGAGUCCAGCUCUGGGCAGUUUGGGCCAUGCAGCAUGUCUGCAGCAAGAAUCCUUCAAGGUACUGCAGCAUGCUGAUUGAGGAAGGAGGGUUGCAGCAUUUAUACAACAUCAAAGAACACGAACAGACUGAUCCCCAUGUCCAGCAGAUUGCUGUGGCCAUUCUGGACAGCUUAGAAAAACACAUUGUACGCCAUGGGAGGCCACCUCCCUGUAAAAAGCAGUCCCAGGCCAGACUAAAUUGAUAGCCAUAGGUAAUUGGAUAAUGGAGUCACAGAAAUUCUUUUUGUGAUAAAUUCACUUGGAAUGGCUUACCCUCUGUGAUGUUUGGGGGGUUUCUCUGAUAAGAGUCAUAAGAUGAGUAUGGGAUUGACAAUGUACAGUACUGCCCAUGUGAACAGUCUCUGAUUUGUCUUGUGAUUUUUAACUUAUUAGGCAAGAAGGGUCUCUUCCUUCAUCAUUGCCUUUUAGGAAGAUUUCCACAUCUUUCAGUGUUUGAACUUACCUGUGCUUAAAAUUCUACAGUUUUAUGAUGAAGUUUGCACGAACCCUUAGGCCAGACUUUUCUGAUUUUUAAAGUCCCUUCCAAUCAAUUUGCAGCUUCAGAUAAGCUGUUAACUUGAUUGCUGGCACUGCUUCAGUUGUAAAUUUUAUACUGCUUCUGUAUAAAAUGCCUUUAUUCUCUGUCUGUGUAUCUUUUAUAAGAUGUCCUUCUUAGUGUGAAAGAAUGGAAAUCUGAGUCCUCCCCUUGUGAAAGCUACUUACUGGCUAGUGCCAGGAUGGCUGGCAGAAAAUACAUUAAAAACUACUAAGGGAGAAUAGAGGUUAGGAACUGGGAAAAGGCCUGCUCUUGAGGUAUUUUUAAACUGGGACUGGCUGAUCUUCUGGAACCCACCUCUCCUAAGACACUGAGCAGUAGCUUGUUCUUUGUAUUAAUUUUUGGAGGCGUGGACUGCUGCUUCCUAUACAGACUGCAGGUUACUCUCUAGAAAUAUUUCUCCAAGCUACCAUGGUGUAAAAUAUUACAGCAUUCUGUGUUAGAGAUUAAUUAACUGUCUGAAUCUCUUUAUGUCAUAUUGUGAAAAAUUCGUCUCUUGCUAAAACCGACCAUUCUUUUCUCUCUAUUUCAAAGUCAUUUUGUUCAGUGGAAUAGAGACCAUAUGUGGUGUUACCUGGUCACUUAAAAUAAUAAUUAACAACAGUAAAUUUUGCCACAAGAAGUUAAUUUUCUUUUGUUUCAAAAUACAUGUAUCUUACUGUUUUCAUGUUGGGGAAAGAUAUCCACAUCUCACUGCCAAAAAUAAAUAAGAAGAAUUAGAUGAUUGUUAAAUGUAAUGAUUCUAGUUGCAAUGCAGAAAAGGAAAUAUUUUGUGAUAGGUUAUUUUUUAGACAGUUGUCUUUUCUUUAGGAGAGUUGUUAUAGUAAAGAAUCAGUUAUCAGUAAUGGCAGUUGGGAGGCAGCAAGUCACCAAAAGAGUUAUUUUCCAUUUUAAAUUUUAGGUUGUGAAUAAGGUUAACCUGCAGUCUUAGAUAACUGCAUUUUUUUCAUAGAUGGCCAAAAUGUUUUCAAUAGAGAUUUUAAAUGGUACAUUUAAAUCAUUGUGAUCAUUCAGAAGCAUUUUUAUUUAGAAAGGAGCUGGCUUAUUAGUAUGCUAUUAACAUUUUGACAUACAUGUUUCAUACCACUAUCACAAUAAUCAUACUUGAAUUAUUUGGUACUCCACAGAAAUAAAAACUAAAAGAAAAUAGGUAUUUAGAGUUACUAAAAACCAUUGUAAAUUGUGGGUUAAUUCUGACUCAAGGAAUUUUUAUAGGUGUAAGAUAAAUUUUCACAGAUUAAGUAUUUCAAAGGAAAUGGAAAAUUCUUUUUUAAAUGUCCCCUUUUCCUGGAUUUAAAUAUCUAAGGCAAAAUGUAGAAAAUAGGAAGUCCUACAGUAGCUUAGAAGUUGCUAGCUGGGUGGACCAUUUCCAGGUCUUCUGGCUUAUGUAGUUAAGGAAAAGCCUUUUUGAGAAGUUUGGCUUCAAGUUUCUGUUGUAUCCUAUUCAAAACAAAAGUACAUGCUCCUUGUAGGCUAAUCCUAGGAUUUUUGUCUUUAUAAAUUGUUUUCAAAUAUGGCUAAAAAUGUAUGGAAAACAAUUAACCCCUUCAUUACUCAGAAUAACUUGUUGAAUGAUGAAGACUCAAAUAUAUUUAAAUUGAAAUUUACUAUUUUGAGCACUGGUAAUGGCCAGAUAUUUCUGAGUCUUAAAAGCAAAAUAAUUAGGCACAUCCCAGAUAGAUAAAAUUUUUAGUGCCUUUGUGAUUGGGAUGACUCUUAAAAUUGUGUAUCUAAUUAUGGCACGGAAUUGUCUAUAAGAUCUUAAAUCUGACUACAAUUCAGUAUAUAAUAAAUUGAGGGCUUCCCUGGUGGCUCAGAUGGUAAAGAAUCUGCCUACAAUGCAGGAGACCCGGGUUUGAUCUCUGGGUUGGGAAGAUCCCCUGGAGAAGGAAAUGGCAACCUAUUCCUGUAUUCUUGCCUGAAGAAUUCCAUGGACAGAGCAACCUGGUGGGCUAUAGUCCAUGGGGUUGCAAAGAGUUGGACACGACUGUGCAACUUUCACUCAUUCAUAUAUAAAUUAUGAGGUAUAACUGGCCUGUCUCUUAAGAUAGAAUCUGUUCGGCCUCCUGUUUGCAUUUGUACACUAGAAUGUAAUGAAACUUGGUGCCUUCAAGGGUUACCUCUUCAGUGGGUUAGAGGUGCUGUUUCAAGCACAAUUUAGACUAGGGUUGAACCACUCAUUGCUCAAAUCAUUGGUGCGCUCAGAUAUUGCAAAUUAUCACUACAUAAGUCCACAAACAGCAAGGUUUAAACCUACUAAAGGAAAUGGGAUUAGACUUUUUAGACUGCAAUGAUGCAUGUUGUUAUCAAUGAGUAAAACAAGAGCAGUCUGAAAUUAAAGCAGAAAUAAUUAAGGUAUAUCAUUCUUCCCAUCAAGUAAAUUUUGCUGUUCUCGUUAUACUCUAAAAAAAUCAUUUUGUCCUUUUGCAGUUGAAACAUAAAUCAAGUAGUAAUAAGUUACUUUACUCUCUGGCCAAAUACUCAGUGGCUACUGAUCUUAGUUGAGAAUUUUAAAAAUGAUAUCAGACUCACAGACCCAGGAAUUGACCUUAAAUGUUGCUGCUUCUCACUCCUGGACAGAAAUGCUAUUUGGUGGCACUAGUCAAUUCAAGUGAAUGACCCAGGUGGAGAUGAAUCCCACACGGCAACUGUGGAAAUUUAAUUUCAUAUCUUUGGUUUGCAAGCUUCCAAAGAAUCAGGGAUUCAUGUUUUAAAACACUGGUCCUAAACAUCCAGCCUAGGAAGUUGAUCUUGCUGGUGGGACCUUUUGAGUUGGCCCUUUUUCUCCCCAGUCAAGUCACUUGGCUGUAUUUUAAAUUAUGCAUUGCUCAGGAUAGUAUUGGGCCAUCUUCUAGAUCUUUGGAACACACUUUGAUGAAAACAUAUUUUGUUUCACUGUGUGCUGAAUUAGGGUAGAAUCAAUUAAUAAACCAUGGUUUUGGCUUAGUGCUUUAGAAUGUCUGACAUUGUCCCUCCCCCUGCUCUCCACCCCUUAUGAAACACUGUGCAGCAGUACCCAAGGUUGAAAAAGAGGUCAUGAGUAGCCAGGAAAAUAAACUUCUGUAUUGUAUAUGUUGAAACCUACCCUUCUCCUGCCUUUUAAUAGUAUGUUUACAUUAUUUGGUUAUUGUGCAACUUUUAUCUUGAGAUAAACAGUAUUAAACUGAAGGUAUAAGUUAAAGGCAGUGUCACACUGUCAGCUGAUGUGGGCAGUUUUAUCUGUAUGUUACUUUUUUGGGGACUUUAUAUGGCUAGGGUUUCCAAGUAGUGUUCUGAGACAACUUACAGAGAGAGAGGUUUGCAACUUAUGGUUUCCCUCUGAAAUCUACUGUAGCAUUGGAUAUUGAGUAUUUAAACUUUACCAUUUGCUUUGUAUUGACACAUUUUUCAUUUUUUGUGUUAACUCAUGAACUGUUUAUUUAAGUAAUAAUGCAAAUCCAAGCUUCAUCCAGUGAUGAAAAUAGCAGUAUGAUAGAAGAUUUUGCUGAGUGUGCUUAAAAUGAGUAAUUGCUUUGUCUUUUUUAGUGUUUCAUAGAUUUUGCAUGACAUGUACACUCCUAAUUAUGCAUUCUUUGGUUUCCAAAUCUUAACUGAAGACAUUCAAUGUUCACCCAAGAAAGAGCUUUCUCUGCCUGUUUUUACCCUCCCCCAAUAUUUUUAAUAAAUUAUGGGAAAACCAAUGCUAUUUCUCAUUUUCUGGAUGAAGCAAAGCUCUGCUGGAGAGCACAACCUAAUUGCAUAGCUAGACAGAAUGGCUGUUAAGAAUAUUCAGAAAAUCCAAAUAUAUCAAAUUAUGAGAAAUAAUAAAUAAUUUGUUAAUAAUAUGUGCUUAAUUUUUGAAGUUACUCUGGAAAAUUGUUCAAAUUGGGUUCUUUUAAGCUUAUUUUAAUUAGCUUAGAAGCAAGAAGCUACUUAGCUAAUGAAACCUGUAACAUACUUCAUAAAAGCAGGAAAUUCUUGAGAGCAUUUAAUAACGGGAGGACGUUAUGUCAAGAUUUAUACUCUCAGAUAACCUGUAAGAAUAAAAUUUUAAAUCCCUGACUUUUGUAGAAUUCCCACUGUCAAAUUCUCACUGACUUGUGAGUGUGGAAAAAGGUAUCUUUUGCUUGCAUUCUGGUAGAAGAGUUCAACUCUUUUCAAAAGAUAUGAAAAAUUCAUUGGAAAAUAUGUAUACAUUUCAAAGUCUCCCAGUUAUCUGGACUGAAGGCACUGUUCUCACUGUGGCCAGAUGAAUGGGAGUGUCCUGUACCUGAAUCAUGCUAGAUAUUAAAUCAGGACAUCGUUAGGUAUUAAUGUUGUGUGUACAGAUUUUUGUUUGGGGUUUUUGGUUUUUUUUUUUUUUGCUUAAAUAAAUGUUACAAAUUUUAUGUAAA